CGCAAUCGCCAUGAGUUUGGCCGCUCCCGGCUUGCUCCCAAAGGCGGCCACUCCGCUCCGCAUCCUCGCCGCAUCGAGGCCGACCUGCCAAACCUAUUCCGAACGUCCUCAAUCGACCCUCCAGUCGAGACAUCUAUACACUGCUCCAUCGACCAGAUCUGCCCGUCAUGUGCCCCGUCAACCUGCUCAAGUUAGGACAUUCCACGCUACCGCUCCGACAUUGGCUAAGGACCCAUAUGCCACCCUCGGCGUAAACAAAUCUGCUUCUUCUGGCGAAAUAAAGAAAGCAUACUACGGACUGGCCAAGAAAUACCACCCCGACACCAACAAGGAUGCCGGUGCUAAGGAGAAGUUCGCGGAAGCCCAGGCUGCAUACGAGACACUUUCAGACCCUAAGAAGAAGGAAGCAUACGACACCUAUGGCUCCGCCGCUUUCGACCAGAAUGGAGGCUUCAACCCCGGUGCCGGCGCCGGAGGCAAUCCCUUCGCUGGUGGCGGUUUCGGUGGAUUCGGAGGUUUCGGUGGUGGUGGCGCUGGUGGUGCUCAGGGCUUUGGCGACAUCAACUUCGAAGACCUGUUCAGCGCUUGUGAUGGCUCUGGUACCAGGGUACACUUCAUGCAGGGUGGCUUCCAAAUGGCAAGCACUUGUGGCGCAUGCGGAGGUCAAGGCCAGACAAUCCCGAAGAACGGUGCUUGUGGAACAUGUAAGGGAGAGGGUGCAGUUCGCGAGAAGAGAACUGUAUCAGUUGAUAUCCCUGGUGGUAUCGAGGAUGGCAUGAGAAUGCGCGUGUCACAAGAAGGAGACUUCCCACCCACAGGUCAGGCCGCCAACCCCAAGGCACGAACAGCGAACGGCGAUCUAUACGUCUUUGUACGAGUUGCACCCGAUCCUAAGUUCAGUCGCAAUGGAUCAGACGUGCUCUACACAGCAUCGAUACCGCUUACGACAGCCAUUCUCGGAGGAGAAAUCCCUAUUCCCACACUGGACGGCGAAGUCAAGGUCAAGGUCGCGACAGGAACAGCAACCGGCGACCGCAUCACACUAUCUGGAAUGGGUAUGAGAAAACUCAACAGUAGACGCGGCAACAAUGGAGAUUUGCGCGUCGAGUACAAGGUGCAGAUGCCCAAGUACCUCAGCGUCAAUCAGAGGACAAUUGUCGAGAUGCUCGCAGAUGAGAUGGGAGACAAGACAGCAAAGCGAGUAAUGAACCUUGGAAAGAUGGCAGAAGAGGCCAAGAAGGACGCAACGACAAGCGAAGAAGACUCGCACAAGAACGAAGGAUUCCUCAAGUCUGCAUGGCAUAGACUCACACAUCAGCACGAUCACCUGAAAGAGAAGGAGGAGGCCAGCAAGCAAGAAGAGGAGGAUAAGAAGAAGUCAGGAUCGAGC